AUGCGGCCCUCCAGGACAUCCCAGCCCCCCAGGAGCAUCCGGAGGAAUGCCGGCCAGCACCACCUGUACCCGGAGACCCUGUGGCUCAGCAACCUGGACGACAGCGUCAGCCCUGAGGAGGCAGGGGACAGCAGCGACCCGGAGCAGAUCUUCCAGAGUAUUCAAUUCCAGAAGGAUCUCAUGGCGAACAUUCGCUGCAGGCCUUGGAGCAUGGGGCAGAAACUGAGAGCGCUGAGGCGUUCAGCUCUCUGGCGCAAGUUUGCUCGUCUCUCCUGUAACUUUGUGGUCAUCUUCAUUCCCUGGGAAAUGAGGAUAAAGAAAAUCGAGAGUCAUUUUGGAUCCGGCGUGGCUUCGUAUUUCAUAUUCUUGAGAUGGUUAUUUGGAAUUAAUGUCAUGCUGACAAUUAUGACAGGCGCUUUUAUUGUCCUCCCAGAGCUGAUCGCAGGCCAGCCCUUUGGCAGCACGGCCAGCAAGACCAUCCCCAGGGAGCAGGCUGCGUCCGCCCAGGACCUGGACACCAUCUGGUCCCUGGGGGGCCACCUGCAGUACUCAGCCCUCUUCUAUGGCUACUAUGGCAGAGAGAGGAGGAUUGGGAGGGCUGGCUACCGGCUGCCCUUGGCCUAUUUUCUGGUGGGGAUGGCAGUGUUUGCAUACAGCUUCAUCAUUCUCCUGAAAAAGAUGGCCAAGAACUCCCGCACCAGCCUUGCCAGCGCCUCCGAUGAGAACUACACCUUCUGCUGGCGGGUGUUCUGCGCCUGGGACUACCUCAUUGGAAACGCAGAGGCCGCCGAGAGCAAGACAGCUGCCAUCCUGAACAGCAUCCGGGAAGCUAUUCUGGAAGAGCAGGAAAAGAAGAAAAGCAAAAACCUGGCAGUGACCAUCGGCCUGCGGAUCGUGGCCAACACCCUGGUGCUCCUGUCCCUCGCGGGAAGCAUCUACCUCAUCUAUUUCGUGGUGGACCGGUCCCAGAGGCUGGAGCGGUCAAAGAAGGAGCUGACGCUUUGGGAAAAGAAUGAGGUAACUGCCGGAACCUGUCCGGAGCGGCUGGCGGCCGCCCUGUCCCUAGACUGCUCAGGACAUCUCUAGAAACAAGCUCCAAGGACUCAGUGCAGGGGCUCUGUCUCCAGGGUCCUCGUGCUGUACCUGGGGAAUCUCUACAGCCUGAUCAUCGCCCUCCUGGACAAGGUGAACAGCAUGAGCACUGGGGACGCUUCUGUGGGGAACGGCACGCGACCCCGGGUGGAUCCCACCGCCUUCUUCGCGACCAGGGCGACCUACCAGCACGGAACCUGGUCCACAGCACCCGCAAAGCCAGGGUCGGGACUCGGGAGGAACAGCACCUGGGGCCUGGAAGAGACGCGCGUGCCGGCUUACCCCACACCCCUCCCCGGGGCCAACAGCACCGCGCCGCCCCCCCAGAGCCCCCAGGACCAGUGCUGGGAGACCUACGUCGGCCAGGAGAUGCUGAAGCUAUCUGUCAUCGACAUGCUCUUCACCGUGGCAAGUAUCCUGCUCAUCGACUUCUUCCGGGGGCUUUUCGUGCGCUACCUAAGCGACUACUGGUGCUGGGACCUGGAGAGCAAGUUCCCUGAAUACGGGGAGUUCAAAAUAGCUGAGAACGUGCUGCACCUCGUGUACAACCAAGGGAUGAUCUGGAUGGGGGCCUUCUUCUCCCCGUGCCUCCCAGCGUUCAACGUGCUCAAGCUCAUCGGCCUCAUGUACCUGCGGAGCUGGGCUGUGCUCACCUGCAAUGUGCCCCACCAGCAGGUGUUCCGGGCAUCCAGGUCCAACAACUUCUACCUGGCGAUGCUCCUCUUCAUGCUCUUCCUGUGCAUGCUGCCCACCAUCUUCGCCAUUGCCCGCUACAAGCCGUCUCAGAACUGUGGGCCGUUCAGCGGACAAGAGAAGAUUUACGACAUCCUGUCGGAGACGAUGGAGAAGGACUUCCCGGAGUGGCUCCGCUCCGUGGCGGGCCACGCCACCAGCCCCGUGGUCAUCCUGCCAGCGGUGCUGCUUCUCUUGUGGCGACGCGGGCUGCGUGCGAACACGGGUGGCCUGUACCAGAGCAGACCCUGCGCCCCCGGGACGUGUGCACAGCACACACAGGAGCCAGUCAGCACCCCUGGCUGUGGGCCCAGGGUCCCGGCCCCCACGGCACAUGGUCGUAGACCCCAGACCCCCAAAUACCUCAUCAUGGAUGAACGCAACUCUCACAGGAAAGCACAGCCAACGUUCCGGCCAGAGAGGCCUUUCAGGAUAGACGCUUCUGGUGACUUGGAGCGGCACGCCAGGGGCGUGUGCCAGCACGUGUCCUGGGCACCACUCCGGCCCCCCUCUCCACAGCUGAGUGAGGAAGAGGAGGCCAUGCUGAGGAGAGGCGUGGUCCCGUGGCCACCCCCCACCCGCUCUCCGACCGACCUCCCUGGGGCUCCUCACGUUUAUAUUGGUGAAGGGUCAGAAAGUGGCAUUUUCAAUCCUGAGUACCAGAGAAAUACAUUCUGCAGGCCGGGGGAUUUUGGCUUUGAGUGCCAACUUGACCAACCCACAUCUGUGUACAGAAAGCCACGUUCCCGAAAUGGCCAGUACCUGCAGCCCCCUCUGAAGGCCCGGGCCAAGCCGGCCUUCACGGAGUCUGACUCCAUGUCGGCAGCGUCCAGCAGCGACCAGCAGCACAGCAGCGCUGACCAGUACCUUCAAGCCACCCACGACCAGGGAAAGUUCCGGAGGCCUGCUGGCCAGCUGGGCAGAAGCAAGGCCAAGUGUGGGCAGGUGCUGGUGGCGGGUCUGAAUGACCUGGUUUGCUCAAAUGUCUAG